UAGAAUAUUUGGGGUGCAGUGUAAUGACAUAUUUACCUUUUACAGAUCAUGUCAUUAAUUUUGUUACUUUCUGAAAGAUUACAUUUCCUUUUUUUUGGGGGGAUUACAUUUCCUUUUUUUGGGGGGGGGGGAAUAUUACACUGCACCCCCAAUAUUCUACACCAUUAUGACUGUUAUUCAAAUUUCAAAUCCUAUAUAUAUCAUUUUCCCCCUAAAACAAAAGAGAAAAAACCCAAACACCAUAUUUUGUGUGCAUUUCAAAGCUCCAAAACGCCAUGAAAUCACCACAAAUUUCAACUCCAAAUUCCUCCAUUAAAUUAUCGUCGUCAUUUGUUGUCAUUGAAUCAGAUGAUAAAGAGAGCUACUACUUCCCGGAAUGUCGAAAAGAUACCAAUUGCGAAAUUUGCAUAGCAAGUUUCAAUGCCGCCCUCGAUCUGAUGCACAAGAAACCCAUAAAAAAACUCCCCAUGGCUCGAAAGCUUCAUUUUCCGGAUAUCUCGGUUUCUCACAGCCCAUCGACUACUCUUUCGACCCCCAAAUCGAGUAGCAACAGGUCUGCUUCUUCGUCUAUGUCCCCUCCGCUGAAUUCUACAGUGAGUGUGAGUUUUCACGCGAAGGUGAAGCGGAGGAAGAGUGGAUUCGGGUUUGGGGUUUUGCUGAUGAGGUUGAUUUUUGGAUUGACGGUUGUUUUCGGGUUGGAGUUAGGGUUUUCUUGGAUGGGUUCUGGAGGCAUCGAUUUUUGAUGGAAAUGAUUAAGAAUUUGAGUGAAAAAUCAUGGGGUUUAAAGGAUCUUGAAGAAAGAUUGAUUUUCUUGAAAAUGGAGCUUGAUGGUUUAAUCAACGGCGGAGAAAUAGCAAGUUGUAACCCUCUUCAUUCUACUUGGACCAUCAACCAGGUAAAUGCUGGAUUAUUAGUUUUGUUGUUCUAAGUGUAUUGCUUAUGUCUUCAUAAAUGUUGCGUUAGAUAAAUGUUAUUGGCUGUAAAUUCCAACUUUUUAGUAUUUUUCUGUGUCUUCGGAUGAUACAAUGGAUCAAUCAUUUGCUUCAUUGGUUCCAACGGUGGCAGCUGCGGAAUCUGCUGUAUUGUGGUUAAGUCAGUUAAAAAGAUGAGAAUUGGAAAA